AUGACUUUCGCGGAGUUCUUGGACCAAGUCGGAGGCAUGGGCCGCUUCCAGUUUAUCCACACCAUGCUUCUGUCCAUUCCCCUUGUGCUGAUGGCAGGUCACAACCUUCUCCAGAACUUCACCGCUGCCAUCCCAGGACAUCACUGCCAGAUCCACAUCUCCACCAACAGCAGUGGGUACCCCAACACCACUUGGCCUCUGGAAGCCAGCGACCUGCUCAGAGUUGGUAUCCCCACGAACAGCAAAGAGGAGCCGGAAAAGUGUUGGCGUUUUGUCCAUCCCCAGUGGCAUCUCCUUGAUGCCAAUUCCACCAAGGCAAACCAGACUGAGGCGGAAACCGAGCUGUGUGCUGAUGGAUGGGUGUAUGAUACGACCACAUACACUUCCACCAUUGUCAGCAAGGUGAGAGGGGAAGAGGGGAAAGGCUAGCUUGGAGGAAUGGAAAAGUCUGAAAGGGAGCAGGGACGUAAGGGAGCAUAUUACCGUAUUUUUUGCUUUAUAAGACUCACUUUUUCCCUCCUAAAAAGUAAGGGGAAAUGUGUGUGCGUCUUAUGGAGUGAAUGCAGGCUGCGCAGCUAUCCCAGAAGCCAGAACAGCAAGAGGGAUUGCUGCUUUCGCUACACAGCAAUCCCUCUUGUUCUGGCUUCUGAGAUUCAGAAUUUUUUUUUUUCUUGCUUCCCUCCUCCAAAAACUAGGUGCGUCUUGUGGUCUGGUGCGUCUUAUAGAGCGAAAAAUACGGUAUAUGCCAAAUGAAUGCAUAUUGAUGGAGGGCAAUGUUGCUCAAACUUGGGUUCCUCAGCUGUUGUUGGACUACAACUCCCAUCACCCUUAGCUAGCAGAACCAGUGGUCAGGAAUGAUGGGAGCUGUAGUCCAACAACAGCUACAGACCUAAGUUUGCGAAACACUGAUGCAGGGAUUUAGUCUGAGCAGUUCUGGGAGUGGUUUCCAGUGUUGCACCUGAGGAUUUCAGAUAACUCCACCAGAAAUGGGAACGGGAGCAGAAAUCACCACCCUUCGCAUGUGCACUUGAGGUCAGGAAGGGAAAUCAUGCAAGCAAAUUGCUACUGUUGGGUUUAUUCGGUCCACAAAUGUUACAUAAAUAAUUACAUUGUUUUCUGCAUUGUUUCUGACAUCCCCCUUCCGCUGAAAUGCAUGGAAGUUCGUUAUAUAGCCAUUUACGCAAUUAAUUAUGUUGGUUUCGGCCACAGCAGAUAGUGAGACAAAUAGCACUGGUUUCAGCAGAAGCCGAGCUGCAGCAGGACAGAAACGCUGCUGAUUGUGAGGAACAUGGAAUGGGACGGAAAUGUCUGCCUCCUUACAUCCUUAGUUGGAGUUUGGAAAGCAAUAAUAACAGCAUAGCAAUGUAGGUGUCUUAUGCACAGUUGGGCCACACUGAUUGGCUGUGGCUCUCCAGGGUUUCAGGCAGGGAACUUCCCAAGCUUUCCCCAGAGACAUUAUUUGAACCCAGAACCUUUUGCAUGUAAAGCAGAUGCUUUACCACUGAGCUACAGCGCUUCCCCCCCUUUUUUUAAAGAAAAGGGUAAGUUCUUCAUGGUUCUUCAGAAUGGCCAAUGGUCAGGAAUGAUGGGUGUUGUAGUCUAGAGGAGUAGUCUGGAAGCCCACCUCUGUGUCAAUCGCUGAGCUCCUUUGGAGAGGCCUUCUAGGUUUGAGACCGUCCAUAAAGUACAUCACAUUAUUUUUAAAUGCCUUUUGAAAGCCUCGCUGUUUCCUCACUUGUCUCUGUGUAGCUUUGCUUUAACCAUUGUCCAACUCCUCCCAAGGUCAUAACUUUGCUAUUCCCCUCCUCUCCUCUUGAUGUAAACUUUUCGGGUGGUCCCGUCUCAUCUCGUUUAAGGGCUAAACAGGAGCCAGUGUGGGAUUGGGGCUGGAGUGGUCUUUUCCACGCAUGCUGGAGACUGAAUUUGGGGCAGUCUGCACAUGCUCCGACCCUUCUCUCAGUCAGCGCCAAUGUUCACUGGGUGACCUUGGGCCGGUUGCCGUCUGUCAGCCCGACUUACCUCACAAAGUUGUUGCAAGGUUAAAAUGGGGUGCCUUGAGCUCCUUGGAGGAAUGAUGGGAUGUAAAUGUAAUUAAGAAAGAAGUUGUUCUCAUUUUACAAAUAGAAAACUGAGAUGGGGAAGAAAGAGGGGGUGAGGUGGGAAUAGAUAGGUAGAUAGAUUUGUGCAUCAGAAAUGAGAAUGAUGGGAUUUAAAUCUGGAGCCAAGCCCAGUAUAUUCUGUCCAGAGAACCAAAUGUUACUUUAUUCAUUGCUCCAUUUAUAUCCCGUCUUCCAAGGAGCUCAAGGUGGUGGUCCUGGUUCUCCCCCCUCCCCCUUUUUAUCCGCACAUCAACCCUGUGAGGACAGCUGGGCUGAAAGUCAUGCACCUGGCCUAAAGCCAUUCAUGUCUGAGUGAGGAUUCGAACCCUGGUCUCCCAAGCCCCAGCCCAUAUCUCUCACUACUGCACCACUCCGGAGCAGGCGAUAGCCGAGAGCCUCCACUGCUGGAUCUGAUGAAAUCUAGUCCAUCAACCUGUGUUCUCGAUCAUUUGGAAAGCCCUCAAGCAGGGCAGGCAGUACUCGGUGGUACACUGUCCCUCUACAUGGAGGCUCUGUUCUAUCUUGAAUAAUAAUAAUCAGUAAUUGUCCAUCUCCAUGCAUUUCUGCAAGUGGAUGAGAAAUCUGUGUGUGUGUGCCUUACAGGGUUUUGUGGGCUUCAGCUUCCUUCAGCCCAGAGCGUAGAAGAACAAUUGUUGCAGAGCCCUCCAGGUGUGUGGGGGGGGUACCUGUAUCCCUCCAAUUGGACUACAAAUCCCAUAAGCCCCAGCCGGCAUGGCCAAUGAUCAGGGACGAUGGGAGCUUAGCAACAUCUGGAGGGCCACUGAUACCCCACUACUGCCCCGCAAGAAAGAGGGAGAAGGUGGGAGAGAGAGGGAAAGUGAGCCUUUGGGACUUUCCAGCAAACAAGGGGUUCAGCAACAGGAUCCGCAUGGGGUGUUUGCGUCUGGUGGAUAAACAGGGUGGUAAUUGACAGCCCUGCUGGGAAGAGAAUAAUUCAAAGCCAGCAGGCACUGCUGCUGGCAGUGAUCUUGAGCCAAGGGAGCAGCUGGUUUUUCAGGAGACAGCAAAAAUUUUUGUCCUACAUUCUAGUCCUUCAGCUCCCCCUUCACCCUUGUCGUGUUAUAACAAGCCACAGGGGUGGGAAGGUGGGUGCUGGAGGCGAUUCUGUGCUCUGCCAGGCCUUCUUAUAAAAACAGAUAGAUGUGCAAGCAAUCCAGCCAGACUCAGCAUUCAUUCAGCCUUGUAUCUGGGUAGCUUUGCACACCAAAGUUUGUUCUGUACAGAAAUCACUGCUGUCAUUUGGUAACUAGGGAAAGGCCCUCUGCACAUGCUCAGAAACACACGUGCAAAAGGCUAGCUUCUCAAGUUUGAGAGCUGAGCACUAGGUGUGGACAGAAGCAAAGGGUCCCUUUAUCACAUACACAGCCCAACAAGACAACGACAAAAAUCCACCAGCAUACAAAUCAAUAUGGCUAACCUGAUCCAAAACACACACACACACCACUCACACAUGAAAACAAAGACCACCACAGCCAACCACAAAUGAAUAACCACACCCUCGGCCAACCCCAACCUCUCUCACCCCAAAGGAACACAAGCGAACAGCAAAGAACCUGCACAAGCAACGCUGACACCAAACCCUACAUAUAAUAAGUAAAAUAGAAACAUCGCCACCUGACCCCACCCCGACCCAUCUUCCCCCCCUCCACCUCUUUCUCCCUUUUCUUCCUGAUGUCUCAACAAAUGAAACUGAUUUGUAAAAAUGUUACAUGGGGAAAAAAAUACGAGAGAUAUUGCAAACACUUUCGUAAAUCGAGAAAAUCUUUAAUAAAAAAAAGAGAAAAAGAAGAAGAAGCAAAGGGUCCCAUUGCCUGUCGAGGGUGCAACUGCAACAAUCCUGGGUGCAAUUGCAACCUUAGCCCCUCCCAAACCCAUGGCUCUGUGGCCCAGGAUGCUCCCCUCAAGCUUCUGUCCCCUGACCCAGUCUCCUUCUCCUACAACAGUGGGAUCUAGUCUGUGAGCGACGGAAGCUUCGGGAUAUGGCCCAAUCGAUCUACAUGGCUGGCGUGCUGGUUGGAGCAGUGGUCCUUGGGGGGUUCUCCGAUAGGUAAGCUGAAUUCGCUUUUUGUGAUAAAACAGACGCCUUAAACAAGAUUUGAAGGUAAAGAAAUCUUGGCAACGGUUAGAGAUAAAUAAAUCUUGCCAACGGUUGAACUGCCCUUGAGCCCAAGAGAGGGUUUAGUCCUUUUUCUUUCAAAACUUACCGUAUGUUCACUUCUAAUUGGUUUACAAAAAGCAUGCUCCUAUCUACUAACCGCACCAGGGCAACCAAUAGUUCUGAACAGAGUUUAUCAAUUCACUACCCUUCUGCCUCAUACAAAAUGUUGCUUUUCUGCUACCUGCUACAUGAAGACUUGUCCAGCUCAGGAGAAUUUAUUGUCCUCUUGGCAUGGAAGUUUCUGCUUUGGAAGGUCUACAACUUCCUGCCAGGUAAGGAGUGAAAGGGCGCUGCUUUGCAUAGCAGAAAUGCGUCUUCUGCUCACUAACUGGGGGUGCAAGGACACAAGAAAAUGGAUUUUUCAAUUCUUAAAAUGAACACUCGUUGCAUUAGUGUGGAAAACAGAUAUAUAAAUGUUUCCUAACUAACUAACACACCCGCAUCUGGUUUUAGUUUCAAGGUUUUAAUUAGCAAGCGGACAGUUAAACGAGGGAAGAGAGACAGAGGAUAUAAGCAUAGGUUUGCGUGUGCUGUGGGUUCUGGCAUACUUCCUGGGCCACAACAUUCACCUGGGUCCCAGGUCACAACACCCAGGUAUCAGCUUGAAGUCACCACAUUCCCACAGUCUCAGUCAAAGAAUAACCAGCCAACUGCCAACUGCCACCUCAUUUCCCCGAUACCACUUAUUCUUUGUGAAAUAUAAUACAAUAUAAGGCAAAUACAAUACAAUACUAACAAGUUGGGUGGUAUGGCCUGCUUGUGGGUUGGCACUGUUGGGAGAGGAAGCUGGAGACAAGAUGGAGUUCUGGGGAAUCCAAAUGAUAUCAAUUACAUUAUUAAUUAGCUUUAGGAUUGUCCCAAGGAAUUUUAGUCAUUUAAUCAAAUAAUGUUUGCAUAUCUUAUGAGGAGCAAUUUUUAUUCCACUCUUUAACUAAGAAAAGGAGCUGCUUAAAUGACUGGUAAUAAGGCAGUCCCUGCCCUCAAGCAGUUUACAGUUUAAAAAGAUGUUCAUUUUAUUUAUUUAGUCAAUCUGGUGGUUGCUUUAUCUUGCCCCAGGCAACCCAAAGUGACUUACAACCAACCAACCAGCCACACACACACACAAAAAACAAAACAAAACCCACAUGGAUACAUUAAAACCAAGGGGGGAAGAAAAAAAAUACAUUAAAAACAUCUUGCUCAUUUCUAAAAGGCCAAAGAUAGUUAAAUGCCAAAGGCCUGGGAGAAGAUAUAUAAUGAAGGUGCCAGGCGAGCCUCCAUGGGGAGAGCAUUCCACAAAUGGGGAGCCACCACAAAAAAGGCCUGUUCUCAUGUUGCCGCCCUUAGGACCUCUUGCAGAGGAGGCACAAGAUGAAGGGCCUCAGGUGAUGACCACAGAGUCCAGGUUGGUUUAUAUGGGGAGAGGCAGUCUUUGAGGUACUAUGGUCCUGAGUCAUUUACGAAUUUAUAGGUCAAAACCAGCAGUUUGAAUUGGGCCCAGAAAUUAAUGGGUAGCCAGUGCAAUUGGGUCAGGGUUUGUGUAAUAUGCUCAAACCGUCUUACCAGGGUGAGAUGGCAUAAAAUGUACAGCAGCCACCUUCUCCCCCAUACAAUGUCAACAGUUUUGAAUCAGCACAGCAAGUACCACUCGAAACAGUCUAAAAACCGGCAUGAUCCAAGGAAGCCAUCGGGCAACCUCAUUAAAAACUCACCCCCUUGAAUAGGAGGCAGAGAUGGGGGGUCAAUUCAAUUCAGUUGUCCUGGAGGGAGAAUGGAGAGGGGUGUCUGCAAGUGUGUGUAGAAAUCAGCCUACUCUACAAAGAUAACGUUCUUUGCUCCACCCACUUCCCCCUGUGGCCACACCCACCCCAACACCACCAAUGCCUUGGUAUUCCAGCUGUUUUCGCUUCUCUGUGUCUGCAGGUACGGCCGCAAGCCUCUCCUCAUUUGGUCCUUUAUGCAAAUGGCAGUGAUGGGGACCUGUGUGGCCUUUUCGCCCAACUUUAUCUCCUACUGCAUCUUCCGGUUCCUGAGCGGCAUGGCGCUCUCUGGAUUUGGCCUCAGCAUCGCCUGUUUGGGUAAGAGCAGAGCUAGUGGUGCUGGCUGGGAACUUUUGCGCAAUGUAGGGAUUUAUCUGAACAUUCUAUAUUUGAUUCAUCAAUGGAGGAUAUGUCUGUCAAUAAUUAGUAACAAAGCAGCCUAGACCAAGGCCAGCCAGUUGUGUGGACACUUCUCAAAGUACAGUGGUACCUCAGGUUACAUACGCUUCAGGUUACAGACUCCGCUAACCCAGAAAUAGUGCUUCAGGUUAAGAACUUUGCUUCAGGAUGAGAACAGAAAUCGUGCUCUGGCGGCGCGGCGGCAGCAGGAGGCCCCAUUAGCUAAGUGGUGCUUCAGGUUAAGAACAGUUUCAGGUUAAUUACGGACCUCCGGAACGAAUUAAGUACUUGACCUGAGGUACCACAGUAAACAGAGGAGUUUGGCCACAGGACACUCUUCAUUUGGCCUAAAUCAGGCUUCCUCAAACUCGGCCCUCCAGAUGUUUUUGGCCUACAACUCCCAUGAUCCCUAGCUAGCAGGACCAGUGGUUAGGGAUGAUGGGAAUUGUAGUCUCAAAACAUCUGGAGGGCCAAGUUUGAGGAAGCCUGGCCUAGAUGAUAUCUUGUUGGCUACCUUGGACUACAGAUUUGGUGGAACUGAGGCAGAUAGCGGUGACAAUAGCUGAAGCUCUAGCCCUAAUACGCAAAAUGAAAACUAACAAAUUGCUAGGUUUGGAUGGCACCCACCCAACAGUUCUCAAAGAACUCAAAUGUGAGAUUGCUGAUUUUUUAACAGAAAUAUGUAACUGGUGCCUCAGAUCCACCAGAGGAUUUGAGAAGUAGCCAAGGCAAAACCAAUUUUUAUAAAAGGAUUCAGGAGGGAACCUGGAAAUGAUGGGCCUGUUCACUUAAUGUUGGUCCUAGGAUAACUGGUGGAAAUUUUGGUUAAAGGUACAAUACCCAAACAUACAGAGGAACAAGCCUUGCUGAAGCAGAGUCAGCAUGGCUUCUGCAAGGACAAGUCCUGUCUCCCUGGCACUCUUUGAGAGUGUCAACAAGCAUAUCGAUAGAUGUGAUCCAGUUGACACAGUGUCCUUAGACUUUCAAAAAGCUUUUGACAAGGUACCGCACCAAAAACUCCUGAGAAAGCAUAGCAGCAUGGAAUAAAAGGAGAGGCCCUUUUGUGGAUCAGGAAGAGGUUAAGUACCAGGAAGCUGAAAGUAGGAAUAAAUGGAAAGUUCUCCAAAUGGAUAGAGAAUUACAGAAAGUGGGGUCUCCCAAGGCUCAUUAUUGGAACCUGUGCUUUUUUACUUGUACAUAAAUGAUAUAUAGUGAGGGGGGGAACAGUGAGGUGGUCUGGCUUGCUGGUGAGAUGAUAUUAUUCAGGGUCAUUAAAAGAAAGAGAGAUUGUGAAGAGUUCCGAAAGAACCGCCCCAAGUUGAGUGAAUGUGCAAUAAAAUGGCAAAUGCAAUUCAGUGUAUACAAGUGUAAAGUGUUGCAUGUCAAGGUAAAAAAAAUAUUAAUUUCACAUAUAUUCUUAUGGGGUCUGAACUGGCAGUGACUGACCAGGACUAGAACCAUGGGGGUCCUAGUGGAUAGCUCAGUGAAGUUGUUGACCCAGUGUGUGGCCGCUGUGAUAAAGGCAAAUCUCAUGCUAGGGAUCAUUAGGGAAGGAACUGAAAACCAACCUGUGACUAUCAUAAUGCAGUUAGACAAAUACAUGGUGCAACUGUGUUUGAAAUUAAACAUUAGGGAGAACUUCCUGACGGCAAGAGCUGUUCAACACUGGAACGGACUACAUCGGAAGCUCAUGGACUCUCCUCUCUUCCUAUGCCCUUAUGGCAAUGUUGAGCUAGAUGAGCCAAUCUUCUGAUGCAGUAGUGGGAAAAGUUCAGUACAAAAUGGGUGGCAAGUAUUACAGGGGUUGCCAGCCUGGUGACCAUGGGCACCAGUGUGCCCACCAGUACCUUUUCCGCCCUCUUUCUUUUUUCUUUUUCCUUUCUCCUCCUGUGAUGAGGCUGCAUUUUAACAUUUUAAUGUUUCAAUAUUUUAAUUGUUGUAUUUUAAUCUUGUUUUUCAGUUGUAUUCAUUCAACUUGUUUUUAUUAUUGCUUGUUAGCCGCCCUGAGCCCAGCCUUGGCUGGGGAGGGCGGGGUAUUAAUAAAAAUUAUUAUUAUUAUUAUUAUUAUUAUUAUUAUUAUUAUUAUUAUUACCUCCUAUCUUGCCCAUGAAAUAUCUCAAUUAAUAUCCUUUUUAAAACCUGCAGUUUGCAGAGACUGCUUUCUCUUCCUGCUGCUUCUCAGUUUGCACUGACUUGGUUUGUUCUCCAUGCCUGGCCUCAUGGCAGCUAUUUUGUCAAAGGCACCCACGGCACUUUCUCAGAAUUCCAAAUCUACCACUUGCCUGAGAAAGGCCGGCAACUCCCGAUGCAGGGUCUAAAUUUCAUACCGGAAGGCCCAGCCGGAUGAUCUGUCGGGUGUGAGUGGCAAGGCAAAAACCUGAAAGUGUUUUCCUUUUCCUUGCAGUUGUGGAGUGGAUUCCCACCAAGUACCGCACCAUCACCAUUGCGGUCACUGGCUUCGUGUACACGCUGGGCCAGAUCCUGCUGGCUGGCUUGGCCUACGGCAUCCCAGACUGGCAGUGGCUGCAGCUGACUCUCUCGGUGCCCUUCUUUGUUUUUCUCCUCUACUCUUGGUAUGUUGUGCUGCCAGUGUAGUGUAGUGGUUAAGAGUGAUAGACUCGUAAUCUGGGGAACUGGGUUCGCUUCCCCGCUCCUCCACGUGCAGCUGCUGGGUGACCUUGGGCUAGUCACACUUCUCUGAAGUCUCUCAGCCUCACUCACCUCACAGAGUGUUUGUUGUGGGGGAGGAAGAAAAAGGAGAAUGUUAGCUGCUUUGAGACUCCUUUGGGUAGUGAUAAAGCGGGAUAUCAAAUCCAAACUCUUCUUCUUCUUCUUCUGCUCAGAUCAGACCCCUCCUCCUCCUCGGGGUGCUGUGUUGGGGUACAAAGAAAUGCUGGAAUGCUGUUUUCAAAUAAAUAAGCUUGAUAUAUAUAACAAAACAAUUGAAAUGUAUCCUGCGCUUGGCCUUAUGCUCUCACCUGCUCAAGAUUACCCCAAUGAUGACCUCUUGGUCUUUCUAUUGACAGCCGCCCAUAUGGAGAUAGCCAGAUGCUGGAAAAACUGGCACUGGGCUUAAUAUCGAUUUGUGGUACACCAGUGUAUGGUCAAUAGAACUGGCUGAGAAAUUGACAUGUCAAGUCAGAGCGGCAAAGGGCAAGCAGGAUCCCUAUUCCUUUUAUAACAUAUGACAAAUGUUUACUGAAUACAUAAAUUGUUCGGACCGUGGCAGGAAUACACCCAGCGAUCAUGGAGAAAAUGUGGCGUCAUCUUUUAAAGCGAUCAAACAAAAUAUUAUUACAUAGCAUGACAAAAGUCUGUAAUUUUAUUGGGACAAGUCAUUUGUUGUUUACUUUUGUAACAAUUGUUUCCGCAAAAGAUGUUUUCUGUACCAUGAAAAAUGAAUAAAAACAUUUUUUUAAAAAGACCACGACAGAGAACUGGAUUAGAAUGAGAAAACAGGGUCAAUUCAAAUGUUUGCAAGCAAAUUCAAGUUAGGAUUCUUUUCUUUUCUUCAUUUUCUUUAAUUGAAUUAUCCCUCCUUGAGAAAACAACAACAAAAGGAUUCAGUUCCGUUUUACCACCUGAAGGUUUGUGGAUGGAUUUUACUGUUGGCCGAGAUGACGAGUCUUGGCUUCUUUGGCACAGGUGGUUUGCAGAGUCAGCUCGCUGGCUGCUCCUUUCGGGAAAGGCGAGCACAGCUGUCAAGGUCCUCCAGAGGGUUGCCCGGGUCAAUGGCAAGGAGAAAGCUGGAGCCAGCAUCACCACAGAGGUAUGAAGCCGGUGGAGGGAGGUGGCUCUCCAUAUCCAGUUGGCUGUAAAUCCAGAUGAAUCUAUGUAGAAAAUAGAAGUCUUGGGAGCUUCUGGAGAGCAAGGCCUGCUAGAAUCAGGGAGCCUCCUGGUGAACUUGAUAUGCAGGAUUUACACUGAUUUGCUUGCACAAAGCUUACACAGAAGUUAGAUUAUGGGCUCCUCUAGACAUCCUUUUUAUUGUGCAUCCAUGAUGUUUUGGUCCUGUUGGUAGAAUUGCGGCAGUUAUGUGUGGUCCCGCGUUGAUUUGCUCCUGCAAAACUUUUGGGGCAAGUCAUACUGACCUGUAAGUAACUGCUGAAAUCCUGUAACUCACUUCCCUCCCAAAUUUGGACUUUAUUUGAGAUAUGAGGAAUACAGUGAGGAAAUGCACAAUGGAAGGUGUGGGAUCACAUUUGCUUGACAUAAUAGCAACCACGUUCCCUGCAGGCAAAUCAGUGUAAAUUCUCAAUAAACAGCCAAACUUUGUGGGUGGGGGGGAACUGGGAUAAAUGUUCAAUAAACAGGUUGUUAUGUACUGAAGUUCUCACCCUGGGCCAGCAGGGGGAUACUGUAGAUAGUUAUGCAAAUGAAGGAUCGAAAGUGACGUUCAGUGAUUGGCUAGUUACAGAAAAUGGUUACUGUUGCAUUCUAGUGGAGCUCUAUAUAAGCAGGCUGACUGAGCUCCUCAGUUCAGUUCUGUUCCAGCUUACAAAUAAAGAGCUGCUUUGGAAGAAUUGCUGUGUCGUCUGAUAUGUUCGCCCACAACUUAACACAGGUCAUCUGGAAAUUCUCGCUUUCACUGAAGGGAAGCUGCCUGUGUAAAACAGGCCCUAGAACUUCCUGUUUGCUAAUGUUAACCCAAAUUUCCCUGGGGUAAAUCACACGAUCAAUUCUCACCAAAAUCUAGUUUUGUGCUGUGCAUUGAUUGUGCUUUUUAGGAGGAAGAGCAGCGGCUGAUGCUGAAGGUCAGCCUUCCCCAGCCUUGUGCCCUCCUCAUGUUGUUGGACUACAACUCCCAUCAUCCCUGACUGGCAGAGGCUCAUUGGAGUUGUAGUCCAAUGAUGUCUCAAGGUCUCAGGCUCAGAAAGGCUGCUUAAGGACAUGGGCGUAGCUGGGGGCCAGAGAGGCAGCUGCUGUCCCCCCUAAAUCAAGCAAAUAAUUAAAAAUACUUAACUAACUGACCAAUUACAUCACCAUUUAUGUCUGUUCUGCUCUCCCAACCUAAUGCCUGCCCCCCCCUAAAAUAAAUCCUGGCUACGCCCGUGCUUAAGGACAUCACUGGAGCUCACCCACCUGUUUUUACACACCCACCUCCUGCCUCUCCUCUCCCCACAGGUUCUGCUUUCCAACAUGGAGAAAGAACUGUCCACAGCCAAGGCCUCUUACACCAUCUCUGACCUGGUGCGCACACCAGCCAUCCGGCGCAUUUUCUGCUGCCUCUCCAUAGUGUGGUGAGAGAACUUGUUCCAUCUGAGCAGACUCAGGAAGGAGGGAGGUCCAUUCCAACUUCGGGAACCUGAGGAGAGGGAGGUUUAGGCACUGCCUGACAAUGUGACCCAUUAUCAAAGCAUAGGCACCAAUAUUUAUUGCUGUAAAAUAGGGAUGGUGGACAUCAAGCCCCAGGGUCAAAUGUGACCCUACAAAUCUUUCUAUCUGGCCCUUAAGAGUCUCCCUCCUGAACCACACCUCUUACCAGCCUGGUUUUGCACCCUCUUAAGAGUUGUUUGGCCUGGCUUGGAAACAUGCCCUUGCUUCUUGGUUGCCUGGAUGGAGGAUGCGGCAGUAUGAUUGAGCACGUGCAGUGAAAUAUACUCGGAGUCCUGCAGUGAUUUCAUGCUCUUUAUUGCAGCUUGUAAAACAGUGAUGAACCCCCCCCCCCCAAAAAAAAACAACCUCAGGCUUUUAUAUACAUUCUUUACACAACGAGUCCCAUCUGAUUGGCUGAUUCUGCUUCUCUCCUGGAGCCUGAUUGGGCUGCUACUGCAGGCCAAUCAGUUGUUGCAUUCUAGGAUCCUACUUGCCUAUUGUUCUAGGAUCCAAGCUUAGUACAUAACGUGCAGAAACUAGUCUACUACACAAAGGCAACAUUUACCUUCAUUUCUCUGCCCACCUUUGCCUAUGACCUCAUGCAUCACUGGUACAUGGACUCCAGAAAGUUGUCUGGAAAGCUAUUAUUAUUAUUAUUAUUAUUAUUAUUAUUAUUAUUAUUAGUAUACUGCCCUAUAUAUACUUCUCUAUGUAUACCACAGGUCUCAGGGCGGUUCACAGCCCUUGGUUUGAAAAACAUUCUCCACUCCUGCUUUAAAACUAUCAAACUGCAGCUUUCAUACAGCAUGCUUUGGGACAUCCUAACAGAAAACUAUAUUGUUUGGUUCAACUCUUGUUCAUAAAGCUCUGAACUAUUACAUCUCCAGCAAAAUCCACUUGCAGUACCUUAGAUCUGAGCUGUGUAAUAGCUCUGACUAAGCAAUCUUUAUGUGCAUUAAAAUUGCUCAGGACAAGCCUUAUAAAGAUUCCUCCUUUAAACUAGCAGCUCAGGUCUUGAAAGGCCAGCUGAAGGUCUAAGAUUUGCAAAACAAGGAGCUACUUUGGAGUAUAGUCACUGAAGCUAGUUGGUUCAUUGGUUCACUGAAGCUAGUCCCCACUGGUUGGGGAAAAGGAGCACAGACCCCUUUCUCCUUCGUGGAAGGAAAACGUGAAGGUUCAUGGAAAUGUCAAAGGUUACGGAAUUUGUCUGAUUAUUUAAGAGACAGAAAAUCAAGAUUUUCUGGACUAAAUGCUCCCCUUUCAUUUAAUUUAUUAUUAGUAGUGUUAAUAUUAGUAUUAUUAAUUUAUUACUUAAACCCCACCCAUCCAACUGGGUUGCCCUGGCCAUUCUGGGUGGCUACCAACAGAAUAUAAAAACACCAUGAGACACAAAACAUUAAAAACUUCCCGAUACAGGGCUGCCUUCAGAUGUCUUUGGAAAAUUAUGUAAUUGUUUGUUCCACAGGGCAGGCACCAUAAAUGGGAAGCUACAGUUUAGAGAUUGAUUUGUCAAAGACUCGUUAAUGGUGUCUGUUAGGAAGACUUUUCCAAAAGCAUCCCAUAAAUUAUCAAUUUAUUUAUUUAUUUAUUCAGCCAAGGAGGUCCCAAGAGUGGCUUACGUACGCUCAGUAAAAAUAAGGCCUUUGCUGCCUGUAGGCUUACAGUCUAAGAGACAUGACAAAAGCAAAAAAGUGAUGAGGAGGGAAAGGGAAGGCAAGUAAGUUCGGGCUCCAGUUCCUAAAGUUGCAUAACGUAAUGACUCACACGAAUGAAACAGUCCAGGGAGAGGAACUCAGUGGAGCUGGUCACUCAAGAGUUGAUGAAGUAGCCCUGCUUUGCAUCUCCCCUUCUGCUGCAGCCUGAGGAAAUGGCUGCUGUCAGGUGACAGUUAGAGCAGGAUGAGCCUCUUCUCACACCUUCUUGAAUCUUGCCUUGUCUCUAUCUUCAUGUCAGGUUCUCAGUCAGCUUCUCCUACUACGGGCUGGCCAUGGACCUCCAGAAUUUUGGUGUCAGCAUCUACCUCAUCCAGGUCAUCUUCGGGGCCGUUGACUUCCCAGCCAAGGUGAUCGUGACCAUUACCAUGAGCUACAUUGGGAGGAGGAUCAGCCUCGCGUCCUUCCUCAUCCUGUCUGGCAUCAUCAUCAUCAUCAACAUCUUUGUGCCCUCAGGUGAGUGUUGGCUCACUUUCCGCCAGGCCUCACCUUUCACUUUUAGAUACACUGCAAGAUGUCCAGCUGGAGACAUUUUGGCACAGGCUGAAGGCCCAAAGAGCACCACCUCCCACAGAUAUGCUGAGCCUCUGAUCUCCUUCAUUUCCGAGAUCUCCACAAAGCUAAAUGUUUUUGUCACUCUCACAAAGCACAAGAUAACUCUUGUGGUCCCUUCCAACUCUAUAAUUCUGUGAUUCCAAUUUAUUAUCAGCACUGCAGCCAUUGAGUGGCGGUGCCUCUGCAUCAAUAUUACAGCCACAGCAAGUUUAUAAACCCAAAGCACAACCUUUCCAGCAGGUAUAAGGAACCUCAGGCCAAGGAGCUGAAUGCGGCCCUCAAGACCUCCCUAUCUGGCCCUCUGGAACUCUUUCUGGGCUACAGUUCCUCCCCAGCCAUAUCUUCCUGAGUGUUUUGGCUGGAAAUGUGUCCUUGAACUCUGAUAAUGCUUCUUACUUGCAUGUGUGGAGGACACGGGUGGGCGGGCCAAUUCAUUAGGAGAAAUCAGCACUAAAAUGUGAGAAUAGAAAUUAAAAUUGCAAAUUGCUGCAGAAAUGUGGAGAGCCAAGUUUAAGUGGGAAAAAAUGAGAAACCAAUGUGUUAGUCUGUUAAUUAUUCUUGACAAAUCUGCACAUCAACCCUAUAGAAAGCGGGAGGGGGAGGGAGUCCCUCAGCUGCGCACUUUGUUCAUGCCACACUCUCUCUGACCCAUCCCACCUUUCCCCCAAAGAUUUGCAGACGAUCCGGACAACGCUGGCCGUCAUUGGCAAGGGGUGCUUGGCAGCGGCCUUCAACUGCACCUUCCUCUUCACGACGGAACUCUACCCCACGCCUGUCAGGUGAGGAGCUGCUUUUCAACACCAUUUCUCCCUUGUUUACCCGCUUCUGGGGCUCCUGUGGAAAUGGAGGUAGCUUUAAAGCAGGGGUCUCCAACCUGGGACCUGUGGGCACUAAGGUGAGCCCCUCGCUACCUCCUAGGGUGCCCUUGAACAAUCUCAAUAAAUACCUGUCAUUGAAAUUCUACUCAGUAUUGAUCCAGUGCAGAUUGCAAUGUAUAGUUAGCAGAGUAAAAACGUUGCAGGAUUCCAAAAAAAUAGACCAGAGGCAUUUCAUCCAGCAGAGCUUUAGUGAUACUGAAGGCAAACAAGCAUAAUGGUCACAAAUCCAAUACAUUCAGGAUUGGCCCUGUCCAUAAGAAAUCCAGUUGCGGCAGACUUAACUUAAACUUACAAUAACUUACAAUAAGACUAAAACCGUAACACUAUAUACAGAACAUCACACCAGCAAGAAAGAGAGACAGAAAGAGAGAGAAGGAGACCCAGGCUCCUCCCGGCCUCACUAUUAUAGUCAGCAUGACCUUGACAGAAGAGAUAACUGAACCAGUUUGAGCCAGCUGUACUCAGCUUCUCAGAAGGAAUAACCCAAACAUCAGUAACCUUCUGCUUUUUUCUUUCACACAGAGAAGCUUCCAGAACCCUCUUGAAUUUAGUAGAAUAGGAAAGAUCUCUACAUAUCAGCUCAAUGCUUUCUGCACUAAGAAAUGCAAACUGACAAAAAGCCUGAAUGCACAAGAGGCUGGGUUUUCUCUUCCUAGAAGGAACGUGCCCCCUCACCAGAGCUGGCCUGUCCAUGGGGCAUGGGUAGGUGGUUGCCGCACGAUGGCAGACUCUAGACGGCUUGGAGGUGUGUCGCUGCUGCUGUGCAUCCGUUGGCGGCGAUCGCAUGGCAGGUGCCCUUUUCUUGAGGUUUGCCAGAGAUCCCUUGACCCAGCCGUAUCUCUUGCCUGCUUUUCUUACCCUGCCCCCCACCCCCAUCCUAGGCAGACGGGGCUCGGUUUUGGCAGCACCAUGGCCCGGGUGGGAGGCAUCAUCGCCCCGUUGGCCAAGAUGAUGGAGGACUACUCUGCUGCCCUGCCGCCAAUCAUGUACGGAGCAGCUCCCAUCCUUUCUGGCAUCAUCGCUUGCUUUCUGCCCGAAACCCUUAAUGUCCCCCUUCCAGAUACCAUUGAAGAAGUAGAGAACAGGUAAGUGACUCUGUUAUUUGUGGCAAAUACACUUUUAUUUAUUUCAUUGUACUAUAUUCACACAGAUAUUAUUUGUUGCAAAGUAUUUAUUUUUAAUUACAUUUCUAUACUGCCCUUUGUCUGAAUGUUGUGGGUGGUUUACAACAUAAAAAUACAAAAUAUGUACAAAAAACCCCAAGAGCAAUAACCUCCCCUCCCACACACUUUUAAAAGGCUGUAUAUUCUUUAAUCAGCCAAAUGCCUGGUUGUAGAGAAACAUUUUGGCCUGGCGCCUAAAGAUAUGCAAUGAAGGUGCCAGGCAGGCCUCCCUGGGUAGAGUAUUCCAUAAAUGGGGAGCCACCACAGAAAAGGCCCGUUCUCGUGUUGCCACCCUCCCGAUUUCUUGUGAAGGGGGCACAUGAAGAAAGGCCUCGGAUGGUGAUUGCAGGGUCCGGGUUGGUUAAUAGGGGAAACAUGGUCCUUGAAGUGUUUAAGGCUUUAAAGGUCAAAACUAGCACUCUGAAUUGAGUCUGGAAACCAAUUGGCAGCCAGUGCAGUUGGGCCAGGAUCAGUGUAAUAUGUUCCCAGUGAGCAACCUGGCCGCUGAAUUCUGCACCAGCUGAAUUUUCUAUACCAUCUUCAGAGGCAGCUCCAUGUAUAACAUAUUGUAGUAAUGUAACCUAGAGGUUAUCAUAGCAUAAAGGUAAAGGUAAAGGACCCCUGACAGUUAAGUCCUGUCACGAACGACUCUGGGGUUGUGGUGCUUAGGCUAUCCCUGUCCAAAUACGGGCACAGCUGGGCCACCAGCCCAAGCUGGUGGAAUGCUCCACGCCACCUGAGCCUGAAGCGACCCUAACCCUAACCCUUCAGAGGUGGCGUAACCCUAUCAAGAGCAGGCAGCGUCCCAUCCAUCUGGUCUAAUAAUAAUAAUCAUCAUAAUAAAUUUUUAUUUAUACCCUGCCCUUCCCGGUUUAAAAACCGGGCUCAGGGCGGCUAACAGCAAAUAUAAAACAUUGAUUAAAAUACGACUUAAAAACAGCAUAAAACAGCAUAAAAUACAACAUAAAAUGCAGCAUCAAUAUCAAUAAAAUUCAAAAAUUCAGGGGUCAUUUUGGGAAAAACAAAACAAAACAAAAAACAGUCAGUAGACAUCAAAUGAUCACCAGGGCUAACUGGUCAAGUUGGUCCUACUAGGGCCAGCAAGGAGACCAGGGAAGAAUUUAAAUGUGGGGUCCCAGAAAGGGUUUCUUCAUAGAAGAGGAAAGGGAAAAGGGAAUAGAGGAUCAGGCUAAUUCAAAUUGAAGGCCAGGCAGAAUAGCUCUGUUUUACAGGCCCUGUGGAAGGAGAUCAAGUCUGCCCACUAACAUUCCCUCAGUCUUAUCUGGACUGAGCUUAAGUUUGUUGGCUCUCAUCCAUUAUAAGGCAAUACAUCAGUCCAGUACAUUCACUGCCUCACCUGCAGAUGUAAAAGAGAAGCAGAGCUGUGUGCCAUUAGCAUACCAGGUACCUCAGUUGGUUAGAGCAUGGUGCUGAUAAUGCCAAGGUUGUGGGUUUCAAAGGCUGUAUGAACGACUUACAUAUUCCUGCAUUGCAGGGGGUUGUAUUAAAUGACCCUCAGGAUCCCUUCCAGCUCUAGGAUUGCUGAUAACAUACUCCAAAACUCUGGAUGACCCCACUCAGUGGUUUCGAAGUAAUCCAUAAACCUCAAGCAGCUCAACAGAACAGGACAAGAGCAUUUUAUAUCAUAGACGCCUCGAUACAACGAAGUGUUCUAUCUCAUGCAUCCUGAUGGAUCACAUUGUUUCAUAUUCUUUUAUAACUUUACCAUAAUGGUUCCACAAGUCAUCUGAAUGUGUCAAAGCAAUGUCAGUCCAUAGCCUGUAUCAGGCAACUAUCUCUUCCUGUUAUAAUAAGAAAUAACAUUUACCCAUCUAUCUACUUCUCAAACAGUGCGUUAACUUAGCAUUUUUGUGGCCAAUUCCCACUGUUCAUCAUUUCAGAUGACGUAUUAAUCAAAUGCCCUUCAGACCUGCUGCAUCCAUUGCAAAAGGAAUUUUUGUGGAGCAUGUGGAACAGAGGGAAGAAAAAGCAUGGCAUUUUGUGGUUUAGGGGGAAGUGUUGAAUCAUCAACUUUUCAUUUCAAAACACUGGCCCUUCUGGGAGGAGAGAAGGUGGAGCUGAACUCCAGAGCUCAGUUUUCAUGCUUGGGCUUGAAAUCAUAGGAGCAGAGGGUUUGAAGUUAGGGAGAACUCAGAUUCGGUUCACAUUUAAAGGUGAGCUUACCUAAUUCACACAUUCCAGAAGACUGUAAGAAUUGAAGCACAGUCGUCCUUUGGAAUUCACACUUCCUUGGCUCUUGCUGUGCAGGUCUCCAGCCAAGCAAUGUGAGCAAAAAUGCACAUAGCAUCAUAGAAUUUUAGAGUUGGAAGGGAUCCCGAGGGUCAUCUAGUCCAACCCCCAUGUUAGGGUAAAGUGUGCAUAAAAAUUCAUAUAUCAGUGCAAAAUGCACUGAUGCAUUAAAAAAAUUGCUUUGCAGAAAGGUGUAUACAGUGGUGCCUCGCAAGACGAAAAUAAUCCGUUCGGUGAGUCUCUUCGUCUAGCGGUUUUUUCGUCUUGCGAAGCAACCCUAUUAGCGGCUUAGCGGAUUAGCGCUAUUAGCAGUUUAGCGGUUUAGCGGCUAUUAAAGGCUUAGCGGCUUAGCGGCUUAGAAAAAGGGGGGGGGAGCGAAAAAAAUCGCAAGACUCGCAAGACGUUUUCGUCUUGCGAAGCAAGCCCAUAGGGAAAUUCGUCUUGCGAAGCGCAUCGAAAAACGGAAAACCCUUUCGUCUAGCGGGUUUUUCGCCUUGCGAGGCAUUUGUCUUGCGGGGCACCACUGUAAUUGCAUGCAAAAGUGAGAAUAUUAGGAGAAAUUUGCACCGAGAUGCUGAUGAAUUGUCACGAGGGCAGCAAAAACCACCCACCCACUGGUGUGGAAAUGUGGAGGACAGAAAGUAAGAUUAGAAAAAUGAUAAAUGGAGAGAAACUGAAAUUCUCAUCCCACACUUUCUGCUUUAUGGCCCUGUCAUUUCCCUUCUUGCAAAAAGUCUGAUCUUAGGGGCAGCAGGGCUUCCUUCUGAAGAGCUCCAAAUCGACUAUAAUUGUACAACCUGAAUUUGCAGAUUAUGUGACUGAAUUUCACAGUGUUAUGGAAAAAUCUAGGUGUGAGGCUGCUCAGUCACCCAGCUCGUCGGGCAGAGCCCGCGGGUCCCUGCGGAAUAAAGGAAGGUGUCCAGCCACCAACCGGAGCAAACAGCUGUAGACCAAAGUUUAUUGCGCAACAGGUUCAAAGAGGAAUUUUGAACCCCGAGGAUGGGGUGACAAGGACUUUUAAAUGUUUCCCACCAUAUCCCAGUUCGUACAGCAUCACUGAUACAUCAUUGCUACAUCACUGACAUGUCACAAAAGGGGAGGGGUAGACAGGGGUUACACCAGUUCACCCUUGGCAAAUAAUGUCCAGACAAGUCCUUAGUACAAGGUUAGCAUAGGCAAAACAUGUCCAGGCACCUCUCAAGUACCCAUCAUCAAAGGACAAUAGAGUUCUCUUUGCACAUCCAUAACCUGGGGCAAGUCCCAUGAUGGGCUUUUGGAAACUAUCUGCUCAGCAACUGUUACCCCUGGGCACUUCCCUGGGUGGGGUGUGUGUAUCGUGUCCUCACGCUUGAGGGAUUAUGGCAGGCAAAGGAGUCGUUUUUCCAAAGGCGAAAUAGUGUUGAAAUGGAGGAAACUGUCAAAGGAGUUGAUUUUAUAUGAUUGUUAAAGCUUCCCUGAGCUGUCAAGUCAAAAGCAUACUGUCAGGGAACUGCCAUCGGAAGGAAGGGAGGUGAAAGGACUCAGACAGGUUGGAAGAGACUCAGCAGCGGAAGAGGGAACCAGCAAGGGGAGAGAAGCUGAACUGAGGGAGGUGAAAGGGCUCAGACAGGUUGGAAGAGACUCAGCAGCUGAAGAGGAAACCAGCAGGGGAGAGAAGCUGAACUGAGGGAAAGGGAGCUGGGGGAUGGCUCAGAGAUACUUCCAGCGAAAACAGUGGUGAGGUUUCCGGACCUCCUGUAGCGACACCCACUCCUCGCCGGAAACUGUCACGCAGAGAGUCCAGAAGACGUGUUUCCGUUAAGGAGCUUUUAUGUUGGAAGCGAUUACGAAAGCAACCACUGUCGGAAUCUUCUAGUGACUAGAGGAGCCAUGUCAGAGGGGCUCAGUCACAGACAGAGGUUUGUGGACUUGAACAAACUCUGAGGGAAUACGAUUUUACGCACAAGCAGCUCAUAAUCCCAUCACAGCAUUCCGACAGUCUUUGAACGCAGCUUGUGCAGGAGAAGGCAUAAUGAGCAACCCAGCAGGAACCGGAGAAGCAGGGGCUGGAGCGGGUCCAAGCCUGGAAGAAAGGUACCGGGUGUUGGAGGUCCAGCUGGCGCUGCAGACGGCGAGGCUGGAGGAGAGGAGGGCUCAAGAUGCAGACAAAAGGGAGAAAGCCACCCAGCUCGCCAGAAAGGUACCAGGAUUGGUGCAGAAAUUUGGGGGGGAGCCCAAGGACUAUCAUAGCUUUCGGACAGAAAUGCAAUAUGCCCUCAAUCUGCAGUUUGAUGAUUCCCUGAUGAGGAAUCACGAGUGGCUUUUGUGAUUGGGCAUCUUGAAAAGGGGGCGAGAGACUGGGUUAGACCCCUGAUGGCAGCGCAUAGUGACGUCCUAAAGGACACGAUGAAGUUCUUUCGCGCCAUGGAUCUGAUGUUUUCCAGCGAUAUUGAAAAGGGAGUGGUGCGCAGACAGUUAAUGGCUUGCAAACAGGGGAGCCGAUCUGUACGUGAGUACUGGACUGAGUUCACCAUGCUGAUACACAGAUUGGGGUGGGACUUAUCGGCGGAACCCAUUCAAAUGCUCUUUGAAGAAGGGCUUUCUUCGGCUGUGAAAGACGAACUUUCCCGGGCGCCCAGGGCGGAGUCUAUGGACCAGCUGACCAAAUCAGCGCUGGCCAUAGGAGCGCGCCAGGAGGCGAGAGCAUUGGAGAGGCGGGAAGGGAAAGGGGAACGUUGGAAGGAGUUCCGCAUUCCAGACAUUCCAGAGCCAACUGUCCCGCCGGCAGAGCCGAUGGAAAUCGGAACAGCGCCGCGCGCGCAGUUUCAAAGCCCAGUGAGGGGGGAAAGAAGGAUGGAAAAGGCGCCCGGAAAUGCUAUCUCUGCCAACAGCCAGGGCACUUUGCCAGAGUCUGCCCCCAGAGGAAGGAAUGGCAAGGGAUGGUGGGAGCUGUGGAGGGAAGAGAGGAAAAAUUACCGGAGCAACUAAAAGCCAACGCCUGGCUGCCAUUGUCGGGGCACAGCAGCCAGGCCAAAGAGCAGUGAAAGUGCCCACUCCAGAACCUCCUAAACCCGCCCUAGUGAUAGAAGUGACACUAGAGCUGCCAAACGGACACCCUCUAAAGAUAAAGGCGCUGUUGGACUCAGGCAGCUCCUGCAAUUUCAUGAGCAAAGAGUUUGCAGCUGAACACCAGAUACAGACGCUCCCUUUAAGCAACCCCUGCAGGUAACCACGAUCGAUGGCAGGGAGCUGUUGGGAGGAGAAGUCAGCUUGCAGACCGUCCCAAUGAUAAUGAAGGUGGCAAGACACACCGAACUAAUAGCAUUUAAUGUGGCCACCUUGGGAGGAGCUCCCAUUAUAUUGGGGAUGAGCUGGCUAGCGUUACAUGAUCCGCUGGUGGGCUGGCAUCAAAGAGUGGUUUCUUUGGGUCAGCACAUUGCUUAGAACAUUGCAAAGAGGGAAAGGUUUUGGCAGGGGCCCAAGCCACCCUAGCAGGGACUGAAGUGACGGAGAACGUGAAGGUACCACGACAAUACGCAGAUCUCCGCGACGUCUUCAGCGAAAGGGAAGCUGACCAACUACCACCGCAUAGAGCCUUUGACUGUCAAAUCAAUUUGCUCCCUGGGGCACAGCUCCCUGUGGGCAAGCUGUACGCCAUGUCAGACAGAGAGAUGCAGGAGCUAAGAGAGUUCAUUGACAAGAACCUGAAGAGAGGGUUCAUCAGAGAGUCCAGGGCGGUGGGGGCAGCCCAGUGUUUUUGUGGACAAAAACACGAACAAGCCGAGACUGGUGUGUGACUUCAGGGCCUUAAAUGCAGUGUCAGAACCAGUGGCCUUCCCGAUGCCCAGGAUUGACGACAUUUUGACAAGGGUGCGGAAGGGAAAGAUUUUCACCAAGCUGGAUCUAAGGGGGGCGUACAACCUGAUACGAAUAAGGAAGGGGGAUGAAUGGAAAACCACCAUGUUCACCCCUUUAGGGGCAUUUGAAUACUUAGUUAUGCCCUUCGGUCUCCAAGCAGGCUCCGCAACAUUUCAAUCGUUUAUGAACCACGUCCUGGGGCCGUUGCUUUACAAGAAUUGUGUGGCCUUCUUAGACGACGUGUUGGUGUAUUCUGAGAAUGAGGAGCAGCAUGUGAGAGACGUCAGAGAAGUGUUGAGCAGGCUGCAAGCCAACCAGCUGUGGGUGAAACUGGAGAAGUGUCAGUUUCAUACCAAGGAGGUGGAAUUCCUGGGGUAUCGCCUGUCUGACAAGGGGUUGGCCAUGGAUCCCGGCAAGGUCCAGGCGGUACUGGAAUGGAAAACACCCAAAACAAGGAAGGAUGUGCAGAGGUUUUUGGGGUUUGGGAACUUCUAUCGUAAGUUCAUCCCAAACUUUGCCCACCUGACGGCGCCCAUUACGGACUGUCUCAGCAGUAAGAAGAAGUUCGUUUGGACGGAGGAGGCGGAGCAAGCAUUUGAGGAACUAAAAGGGCCUUCGCCUCGGAACAACAGCUCCUGCAUGUGGAUUUACAAAAACCGAUGAGAGUGGAAACUGACGCAUCAGACAGAGCGGUUGGGGCGGUGCUUCUCCAGCCAGGGAAGGAGGAGUCAGAGUGGAGACCGUGUGCUUUUUUCGCGAAAGCUGAACAAAUCCGAGAGGAACUACACGGUGUAUGACCGAGAACUACUAGCCAUUCAUGAGGCGUUCCGGAGAUGGAGGCACCUGCUAAUUGGCGCACAACAUAAGGUGCAAGUGUGCACUGACCACAAGAACCUAGAGUAUUGGAGGACGGCACGAGUGCUCAACCAACGGCAAGUGAGAUGGGCCCAGGAAUUCUCCAAAUUUAACUUUGAGAUUUGUUACGUGCCAGGCCCAGAGAACAUUAGGGCGGACGCUCUCUCACGCAAACCUGAAUAUUUGGAAGGGGAGGGAGCACCCGAAGAGAGACAUGUCAUUCCAGAGGACCGCUGGGUGUGUGGGGCGGCAUUGGUGGGACAAAGAGAACUGGUAGAAGAAACAGAGAAUGAUGAAUACGCCCAGAAUAAGCUUAGAGGUCUUAGGGAUGAGGGAGAGGAAUCAAGGGGUUUCGAGGAAAGAAAUGGAGCUUUGUAUUACAAAGGGGCACUGUAUAUCCCUGAAGGUGACUUCAGGGGGAGGGUACUCAAGCAGUUGCAUGACAGCCCCACGGCGGGGCAUUUUGGGCAACACAAAACCAUGUGGUUGGUCACCAGGGAAUUUUGGUGGCCUAAGGUGAGGGAGGAUGUACGUGAGUAUGUAAGAGGGUGCGAGCAGUGCCAGCGAGCCAAAGGGGAAAGGCGGGCGCCGGCGGGGCUAUUAGAACCCUUACCAACACCAGAACGACCUUGGGAGGCAGUGUCGAUAGAUUUUAUGACUGAUCUGCCGAAGUCCAAAGGGAAAACAGCCAUCAUGGUGGUGGUAGACCUACUAACAAAGAUGUGCCACUUUGUAGCUUGCUCGCAUGCAGUCACGGCGGAAGAGACAGCGAAGUUAUUUGUAGAACACAUUUUUAGGUUGCACGGGGUGCCAUUGAGGGUGGUCUCAGACCGAGGAAAACAAUUUACUUCCAGGUUCUGGAGGAAGCUCAUGAGCUUACUGCAGGUGGAGGUCAACUUUUCGACUGCCCGGCACCCUGAAACCAACGGGCAGGCGGAAAGAGUAAACGGUGUCCUCCAGCAAUACCUGAGGUGUUAUGUCAAUGACAGAGAGAAUGACUGGGUAGAAAAGUUGGCGCUGGCGGAAUUUGCCUACAACAAUGCCGAGAAUGUGUCCACAGGGAUGAGCCCCUUCUUGGCUAAUUAUGGGUGUCAUCCCAGGGCUUUCCCAGGGGAGAAGGGGAGAGAUGGAGCGUACCGGCAGCCGAGCAUUUUGUAGAAGAAAUGGAAGCAAUCCACCGUCAGCUCCAACUCAACUUAGAAAGGGCGAAGGAAGAAUACAAGAGGCAGGCAGACAAGAACCGAAGGGAAGGUGAAACCAUAAGGGUUGGAGAUAGGGUGUGGCUGUCAACCCGAGGGGUGCCGUUCAAAGGAGGUUGUAAGAAAUUAAGACCCAGGAGGUUGGGUCCCUUUGAGGUCAUUCAACAGGUCAACCCAGUGGCUUUCAGGCUCCGGUUACCCAACCACAUGAAACUGCACCCAGUAUUUCACAGGUCGUUACUGUCACCGUACGAGGGGGGACGAGAAGGGAUGGCCACUCGGGGACCGGUCAUAGAAGAAAGAGAAUGCAGCAGUCAUGUGGCAGAAAUCCUUGAUGCCAGGUGGAAGGGGAAUCAGGUGGAGUAUUUGGUAGCGUGGGAAGGAGAGCCGGAGUCAGAAAACACGUGGGUAAUGGCCAAAGAUAUCAAUGACGAGGUAUUGAUAGAAAUGUUCCAUCAAAGGUUCCCGCGGAAACCUCAGCCUGUGGAGAGGUUCCGGAGGGAAUACUUUGGGACCACUGAGGAGGAGGAGGAGUUGGAAGGAUUCCCAGAAUCGGAAGGGGAAGGGGAGAUGGACUCGGAGGAGGAGGAGUGCUUCGAGACCAGGAACCGCAACAGGUGGAGAGAAGUGUUCGAGACAUCGGAAGAUGAAGGAAGUUCAUUCCGGGGGUUUGCCUCCGCACCGCCCGUAGAGGAGGGGGCGAGAGGGGGCGAAGGGGGCCCUGGAAGGGAGGUGGAUGUCAGGUAACUGCCAUCGGAAGGAAGGGAGGUGAAAGGACGCAGACAGGUUGGAAGAGACUCAGCAGCGGAAGUGGGAAACAGCAUGGGGAGAGAAGCUGAACUGAGGGAGGUGAAAGGGCUCAGACAGGUUGGAAGAGACUCAGCAGCUGAAGAGGAAACCAGCAGUGGGAGAGAAGCUGAACUGAGGGAAAGGGAGCUGGGGGGAUGGCUCAGAGAUACUUCCAGCGAAAACAGUGGUGAGGUUUCCGGACCUCCUGUAGCGACACCCACUCCUCGCCGGAAACUGUCACGCAGAGAGUCCAGAAGACGUGUUUCCGUUAAGGAGCUUUUAUGUUGGAAGCGAUUACGAAAGCAACCACUGUCGGAAUCUUCUAGUGACUAGAGGAGCCAUGUCAGAGGGGCUCAGUCACAGACAGAGGUUUGUGGACUUGAACAAACUCUGAGGGAAUACGAUUUUACGCACAAGCAGCUCAUAAUCCCAUCACACAUACAUUUAUGCAUAAUAUUUGUAACAUUUAAGAACUUUAAAGAUGUGGCCCCCCCGGUAAUUUCCGUAACCACACCGAUAACAGCGACUGCCUGGAAGCAAAUCAAGUGACUGCUCAAGCAAAUCAAGAUUAAUUCUGAAUGAACAGGAGGUCUGGAGGACCCAGAGGCCACCAAUAUCUGGGGAUUCUCCAGACCUGCCUUAUAGCAAUGUUUACGUAUAUUUGAACAUAGAGGGGAACCUUCCAAAUUUAUUUCUGUGCUCUAAACAUGAUUGGGUGUCCCAGAUACUGAGCCCCAUUGCUGAUCUUUCUUUCUUUCCCCCCUCAAAGGUCCAGAAAGAAGACAGUGGAAGAAAUAGCCCAGGAGAAGAUUUUGCUCCAGAGCCCAGACAAGGCCCUGUUCAAAGAGGCUUGCUGA